AUGCUUGACACAUUUCGAACCUUACAGCUAGCUUUAUUGCUUUGCUCUUCUGCAUAUGCAUCACCAACUGCUGUGAGAAACGAAGCGAACGGUGUCAGUCUCGCCAAACGAGCUACUUGUACUCCUGCAUCUGCUGGAAAUGCCGGAAUUGACGACGUUCCUGCCAUUACUGCAGCAAUCAAAUCAUGUGGUAAAGGUGGCGUCAUCCAAAUUCCAGCCGGUGUCCAAUAUUCAAUCAAUAGCGUCCUCGACUUUACUGGAUGUGCUGGAUGUACAUUCAAUAUCGAAGGUACUCUGAAGGCAUCUGAGAAUCUGGACUUUUGGGAAGGCAAACGAGCGAUAUUUUACAUGAAUGGCAUCAACACCGCAACGAUCCAAUCCGUCACUGGAACAGGAGUGAUAGAUGGAAAUGGACAGGCGGCAUACGACUAUUUUGCCACAAACACAUCAUACGCUCGCCCAACAUUGCAUUACAUAACCGGCGCAUCUUCUCACAUCACCAUCAAGAACCUCAAAGUCAAGAACCCACCAAAUGUCUUCUUUAGUGUUACUGGGGGUUCGACUAAUGUCGCAUACUCCGGAUUGACAAUGACAGCAGCUUCCAAAUCAACAGCACCAGCAAAGAACACCGACGGAUUCGAUGUUGGUGACUCGACCUAUGUUACCUUGAACCAUAUCACAGUCUCGAAUGACGACGACUGCAUAGCUUUCAAGCCUGGCGCGAACUAUGUCACAGUCGAUACAAUUAGCUGUACUGGAUCUCAUGGAAUCUCGGUCGGUUCUCUCGGAAGCAAAGCAGGUACAACUGAUUCUGUAACAAAUGUUUAUGUCACCGGAGCAACAAUGAUCGACUCCACCAAAGCCGUCGGAAUCAAAUUAUACCCCGGAGGAAGUAAACAUGGAAGUGCGGUUGUCCGCAACGUAACAUUCAACGAUGUUACUGUGCAAAACAGCGAUUGGGCAGCUCAGAUUCAAAGUUGCUAUGGUGAAGAUGCAAGCUACUGCGCAAGUAAUCCCAGUACGGCAUCUGUGACGGACCUUGUAUAUAUUGUCUUCAUCUCCGUCCAAUUAUGGACUUCGGGAAUUGGUAUCAUUGAUUUCCCUAAUUACAAGUGCAAAGAAUAUAAUUUUGAAUUGGAUCUGGUCUUUGAUGCUUCUAUGCAAAACCGUGUAAAACCCAUCAAUCCCUAG